CGCAUGAGUUUGAAAUGCAAUUACAAUCCUCUUUGUCCUUACCCUCGCUUUAUGAGCCAUAUAAAAAUGGUGCACGCAUUGCAAAAUGGAUGUAGAAUAGUCUAAAUCCAUAUUUUUGAAAAAAAAAAAACAUGACUUUUAUGCUGGACUAAGAUGCCAAGUUCAACAUUUUUAACUAUAUAUUUUAUUGUUUUAUGCUAGCUAGAUUAAGAGGCCAACUUUAACUUCUCUUUUAAUAUAAUAUAUAUACUCCUAUUGUUAUAUUCUAUUGAUACUACAUAAUCUCCAUCUAACUACAAGUAUAAAGAACAUGAGCUAUUGAACCCUUCAAAGCCAUAGUACAGUAUUCCAGCUUACUAAAAAUGAAUGGAUCAAGUAGUAUUAGUGAAGCUAGGAAACUCCAUGCAGUAUGUGUAACAUUUCCUGCACAAGGCCAUGUAAUCCCCAUGAUGCAGUUAGCCAAGCUUCUCCACUCUAGAGGCUUCUACAUCACCUUCGUUAACACCCAGUUCAACCACAACCGUCUGAUCAGAGCCAAGGGUUCUUCAUCAUCAGAAAAGCUUAGUGCAAAACUUCUCCAUAUUUUAUUCAAUCUCCUCUCUACUCUAAAAACUAUCACAGAGUGGCUCAACUCCUUCCCGGAUUUUAAGUUUGAAAGCAUGCCCGAAGGAUUACCACCGUCUGAUCGUGAUGCUACACAGGAUCCUCCCUCUCUCUGCUACGCCCUCCGUGAGAAUUGUUUGCCUGCUUUCCGUGAGCUGGUGGCGAGGGUGCGAUCGUCGGACGGUGUCCCUCCGAUUAGUUGCAUCAUAUAUGAUGUUGUGAUGAGCGGUGCUAUGAAAGUUGCUGAAGAGAUUGGUGUUCCUGGUGUCCCAUUCUGGACUGCCUCGGCUUGUGGGUUCAUGGGUUACCUUCAGUACCCUGAGCUUUUGAGACGGGGAAUUAUUCCCUUCGAAGAUGAAAACUAUGAGCACGAUGGAACUUUAAACAAGCCCGUGGAGUGGAUACCAGGCAUGAAGCACAUGCGACUCCGAGAUUUUCCCAGUCUUAUGAGAAUUACAAACGCAGAUGACAUCCUUUUCACAUAUUUACGUGAUGUAGUCCAAAAUUGCCGCAAAGCAUCCUCCAUAAUAUUCAACACUUUCGAUUCUCUCGAACAAGAAGUAUUAGAGGCCAUUGGUAAGUCCAUGCUUCCUCAAAUCUACACAAUCGGCCCACUUCGUUUACUGGAGCAAAAACACGUCCCUGAGAGCCCAUUAAAGGAAUUUCGGCCCACGUUGUGGAAAGACAAUACUUAUUGUCUUGAAUGGUUGGCCCAAAGAGAGCCCAAAUCAGUAGUGUACGUGAAUUAUGGUUGUGUAACCACCAUGUCUAAGGAAAAUCUCAUUGAGUUUGCAUGGGGCUUAGCAAAUAGCAAGCACCCAUUCUUGUGGGUUCUACGCCCUGAUGUUAUGAUGGGUGAAUUUGGGGUGUUGCCUCAGGAGUUUAUUGAUGAGACACAAGAUAGGGGAUUGGUUGUGACUUGGUGCCCGCAAGAACAAGUGUUAGUCCAUCCGGCAAUUGGUGUUUUCUUGACGCAUUGUGGAUGGAAUUCUUUGCUUGAGGGUGUAUGUUCGGGUGGUUUGCCUGUUAUCUGUUGGCCAUUUUUCGCCGAGCAACAGACGAAUUGUCGAUAUGCGUGUAUGGAUGAUGGGUGGGGGAUUGGGUUGGAAGUGAAUCCAGAAGUAAAGAGAGGACAGGUUGAAGAUUUGAUUGAAGAGAUGAUGGGUGGAAAGAAAGGGGAGAAGUUGAGAAAAAGAGCUUUGGUUUGGCAAGAGAAAGCUGAGGAUGCUACAAACAUUGGAGGUUCAUCUUAUCAGAAUUUUGAGAGAUUUCUUAAAGAGGUUCUUCAUGUGAUUGACUAGCAUAAUUCAUAUUUUAAAUUUGAAAAGAUCACCUAAGGAUAUCUUCAAUUAAUAGUUCAAUUUAUGGGGAUUUCUAUAUUGUUCAUUAUGUUUGUCAAGAACUCAAGAUAUGUAUCCUUUGUUUAGUAAUACUUAAUUUGAUGAUAUUUCGUUUGGCAUACUAUUGUAGUGGAUCUAUUUAAAUGGCUUGUGCACACUUUAUGUUAGUCGUGUGUUUAAACUACGGAGUUUAAAGUAUAUUUAUUUGCAUGCUUUAUUUUUCUAGAUAUUGAGGACAUGCUUUCACAUCGUUAUAUGUAUCUUUUUAUCUUGGUAGUACUUAAUUUGAUGUUUUUUCGUUUGGCAUUCUA